AAUUCAUGCGAAUCGCGGGUGAAUUUCUCGCCGUGCACGGAUGCUGCUACCCAUGAGUAAUGGGCAGGGCAAAAGUUUGCUGGAGUCGCGUCAGAUUUAAGCUUGGACAUGGCCGAUCUAGCCUGAGUCUCGAGUCUGGAGCCGCGUCGAUCGCAGUUCGCCAUUAAAUCGCGAGAAGUUCACAGUGCCCGUAGAAUAGCCAUGGUCAAGACGUCCGGCAGCCUGGGAAACAGCAUUUUGCUGGGAGCGCUGGUGUUCCUGGUGCUCGCAGUUCUCGCCGAGGCGGCCCCCUUCCAGGAGUUGGAGCCCCGCAAAGGCCAUGUGCCCGUCUACAUCCGACAUGGCGAUGAGCCGCUCAGCGAAAUCCAUCCAGGACUGGCCGAGGCCUUCCAGGAGGGCGAGUCCAAGAGUCUCGUCACCGAAGCUCCCCAGGCGGAAACUACAAACCCACCAACCACAUCCGAUGCUCCUGCUCCGUCCAGCUCCACGGUAUCGGAUAUAGCCAGCUUUGAGGCCAUCAAAGGAAACGCGGAUUAAGGAAUUGAAUAAAUUCAAAGUUGCUGCUUAAACUUAUUUCUGCGAGUCUGCGAGUUAAGUGCAUCCAACGAAAGCCCUCGAGGUCUGGUGACAAAUCAGCAUGGAAAUGCUAUAUAUUUAAUAUAAAAUAAACAAAAUAAAAAUUUAAAUAGGGCCAGUUCUAACUUAAUAGGAGAGUAAUCAAAUGGUAAAUCGAUUCUCAAUAAACCAUUAAUUUCACUUA